AUGAAAGUCGUUGCUGAGUACGAUGUAAAAAUGGUUGAGUGCGUAAUGCCAGCAUCGCUUUACAGACUUCCAAAGGCAGAAAAGAAUCUUAAGAUUGAAGGUAUUCGUCUGAAACAAGACUUUGGAUACGUGGAGAUGAAGAUGAAGCUUCCGAAGACCAAAUGUGUAUCUGUAGCUGGUGAUGCCAAAGAUCGUUCUAUGAUAAGUUAUGGGAGUUAUGGACACAAGCCAUUAUCUAUGCAAUGGUAUGCCAAGAUAGAUCAUGAUGCAAACAUUGUUUUUCUUCGAAAGAUCGAUUGUGUGCAUGUUUUUAGUCCGAAAUAUGAAGACAUUGAAGUAGAUGAUGCAAAUAAAUGUGACGGUUAUCAGCUAAGAAAAGCAGAAAGUCGAGAGGAGCACGAGCAUAGGAGGAAGAACAUCAACUUUCAGCUCAAGAAGAUGAAUCUUGAGGAAUUUAUUGAGCUCGAGUAUAAAUUGAAGGAUAUGGAUUUGAAGUGCAAAGAUGAUCAAGUUAUUGGUAAGCCUGAUAAAGUAAGGAAGACUGUGGGUAAACUCAAGAAAUCGAUUGAGAACUCGAAGGUAGUGAAUUUUUCAGAGAUGAUGCUGCUUUAUCAAGAUGAAAAUGCAGUAAAGAAUGCAUUACAAACAUACACAAACUUUGUGCAUGGCCGAUACGUUAUUUCUAAUGCAUUUUAUGAGAAGAGGCUCCAUUCUAUCAGAAAUAGUAUUUUAGAUCUUUUCAACCAUAAUGAGCGGAUUCUGAUGAAGGAUAUUGAGAAUUUUAUUGACGGGGAGUAUUUUCUUCUUGAGGAGCUGUGCAGAAGAGAUGGCAAGUAUUAUUACCUGAAGGGGUUCGAUGAAGGGAUGAAUGUGCUACCUGAGGAAAUAAUGGGAGUGAGAGUUAUGAAUGCAGUUCGAAAGUUGCAACCUUGUGUGGUGGAGAAAGUGAGUGAAGAGUUGUUGGUUGAUGUGGAUGCAGUGAAGAUGAAUUUACCUGAGGGCGUGGUUGUGUUAGCAAAUGGGAUGCUUGCAGUGUGUGAAGGAGAUACCAUGAGAAAGAGGAUAGUUGGGAUGCUUAUAAGCAAAGACGUGUGGAGGAAGUCCGAUGUUAUAAGAAUAGCACAGAAUGAGUUUAGUGAUGCAUCUAGAUUUUUUGAGGUGCUGGGUGAGUAUUGCGAACUGAAGGGGGGAGUAUGGAACAUUAAACAAUGA